AACUUCGUAUCAUUCGGUAAUUGGUGCAAUUAAUACCUAGAUAGUCACGUCAGCCCUUCAGGAAAAGAGUGAUAUAUGGUAUCUUAAUAUUUAUCUCAACUUAUCAUCCUACUUUCAUUCCAACCUUACGGACCCUCCUAAAGCUUACCAUCUAUUUCACCGGCAACAAUCUUGAAACAUCAAACUACAAUAAUCCAAACUCAUAAUGGAUCAUUCACAUAUGGAUCACAGCCUGCACGGUAUGGGGAUGGAUAUGGGAGGAGAUAGCUGUAAUAUGAACGUUCGUCUCCAAUGUACUUCACUCUCUCAAUUCCUCAAUCAUUAACAUCCAAUUGCAGAUGCUCUUUACUUGGGACACAACCAACCUUUGCAUCAUCUUCCGGUGGUGGCACAUUCGUUCUACCUUCUCCCUUCUCAUAUCCCUCCUUGGCGUUGUUGCCAUUACCGCCGGCUACGAAGGCAUUCGCUCUCUAGUUCGUCGCUAUGAAACAUGGGUGGAGAAACAACAAGCAUCUAUAACACGUAAGUUUUCUUACUUUCACACAUCAUCCCUUUGCGCUUCUUCUCUCGACUUUCAUACCUGGACAGUGGAAUGAAAAGCUGAGAUUGUUUACACGAAUUAAGUGGAUGAUGUUACUGAAAAUACGCCUUUUCUCUGGGCAGGACGCAAUCAAGAGGAAGUGGGUCAAAGAGCACAUAUUAUUAAGGCUGCGCUAUAUGCCUUCCAGUAUUUUUAUGCGUUUAUGUUGAUGUAAGCCUCUAUCUUUAUCCUUUCCGCAUAUGCAUACUAAUGAUGCUAUAGGUUGCUUUUCAUGACAUAUAAUGGAUGGGUUAUGAUUUCCGUAGGAGUAGGUGCAUUUGUGGGUUUCUUGAUAUUCGGAAAGAACCUUUCAGCUUCGAAGGAAACGGCAUGUCAUUAAGGUACAGUCGUGGAUUUCGGGAGCGGGCUGAUUAACGGAAGAUGAGAUUUUUGCCGUUUAGAAAUGAAAGGUGUAGCGCCAUGGGUGCUAACAACAUGUGUUUCUGAAAGGAAGAAGUUCAAUAUCUCGAGGAACACGGAACGAUGUCGAAAUCUUGACUUCAGCGAGAUUGAUACGGGUUUUGGGGAUAUACCCAGUUCUGGUUGAAAUAUAUUCGUAUAUAGAGAGUGGUACUACACUUCUUGCAUACUCCGAUCUAUUUUUCACAGCGAAAUACCCAGUUCCCAAAAAUCUAACUCUAGUUAACUGAUUACUGGCAUGCAUGUUCGUAUAAAUCU